AAAUCUGAGCAUAACUGAAUAUUUUCCCUACUUUAUUUGACUAUCGGGCUUGGAUAUCGGGAUUUCGUGAAUUUGAGUAUGAAAAAUUUGGGGGAUUUUAUAUCGUUGAUCCAAAUAAAUAAUAUCAGUUCCGAAGCACAAAAUUCAUUUUGUAUAAAAAACAUUCAAGGAAGAUGAAGAAACCGGUGCAAGUGUAUGUCACUUCGGUUCUGAAAGCAUGCCGGAACCAUCUCAAUGUCUUCGGCAACACUUCUUCUUCUUCUUCGCCUUCGCCUCCACAACUGAACAUCAAAAGAGUAGCAGCUCCUCCUCCUCCUCCUGUCGCUCUUCCACAACUCCCAAGAUAUAAACCCAAGUGCGACAUGACCAGCGAGCUCUUCUCUUCCUACGGUAACCCCUGCCUUGAUCUGUUUUACGACGUCUUACCACACGGAUACAUCGAAUACCUCUGUCGUGAAAUCAUGACGCCGUGCUCCAAAAUCGACAUGUAUCUGAAGCAACUGCUGCCGGUGGCCUGGUCCCACAAUCCCCCAACGACCCUUAAGCUCAUCUUCAACCUACUAGAUAGCCUUGACAAAACCGGAAAAGACCAUAGAGACGGCUUCUACACGGCGAUGUUUUGGCUCUACCAGAACCACCCUAAGACCCUGGCCUUCAAUCUUCCGUCCAUCGCCGGGUCCUUCGGAAGUUUAACAACCGCUCUGGAUAUUCUAUCCCAGAUCCUGGAAGGCCAAGAACUCUUCUUCCAUCUCGAUCUCUACUCGGAGAUCGAAAAGCCUCCCGGCUUCUCCAGUCCACGUGCUCCGAGUAGAGAAGAGAUCCUCGCAUGGGCCCGCAAGGCCGUCGAGAUGUACCAGUGUGACCCGAAUUAUCGGAUCUUACACGACGGGAUUUCGGAUCUUUUCUCCGAUUGCUUGAAGUCCGAUAUUCAAAACUUGAACAAACACCAUCAGCAACAACAGAGUAUCAAUGAUGACGAUGAGGACGAAACGUCUGCUGCUGAGUGCUUGGAGAUAACCUCGGCCGGGUUGUCGUGCCCUGACUUCGACUCCGACUUCAACCGCAAAACCUUGCUCUGCGAGAGCAUCGCCAAGAAGGUUUUCCUGCGAGAAUCUUACCCGGAAUACUUAGGUGUUGAGGAGUCGGAUUACACCGACAGAGUCCGGCAGCGGCUGAUCAAGGAGGUUUUGGUGCCCUUGAGGAAGGCCUUGGAGGACUGUGAUCUAGACAAAGAUUUCAACAGGUGGGGUUAUAAAAAGGAGUCCAAGCGGGAGCCCUGUGCGGUGAAGAAGUAUUUGAAGGAAGUGAAAGCAGCCGGCGGUGGCGGCAAGUCGAAGAUUGACGCCGGUGCUUUGCUUCCACAUGAGAUCGCCUGCUAUGCGAACGACGGGGACGUCGGCGAAGUGGCCGAGCUUCAGUGGAAGGUAAUGGUGAAGCACAUCAGAAAGCGGGGCAAGUUCAAAAACUGCUUGGCUGUGUAUGACAACUAUAGAAAUGCGGCGGUGGCGUUGGCAGUGAUGAUCUCUGAACUGAGUGAAGAGCCAUGGAAAGGAAAGUUGAUGAAUUUCAGUCGAAAUCCGCAGAUGCAUUCGUUACAAGGCGAUCUCAAGGCCAAGCUAAAGAUUUUGAAGAGGAUGGACAUGGGGCAGCGGAAGGUUGAUUUGGAGUUGGUGUUUGAUUCUGUUUUAGAGGUUGCUGUGAAGAAUGAUUUGAAGCCGAAGCAGAUGAUCAGGAGGGUGUUCGUGUUCACCAGCUGCGUAGACUUAGAUAAGGCUGCCGGCUACGAUAGUCGUUCCUACUGCUGGAAGGUGCAGUAUGAGGAGAUACAGAGAAAGUUCAAGGACAAAGGGUAUAAGGUGCCACAGAUUGUGUUCUGGAAAGCGAACAACUGCCUGCCUGCAUAUGCGCCUUAUGCACAGCAUGGGAUGGUGAUGAUGAACCGCUUCAACGACAAUUUGGUCAAGUCCUUCUUGGACAAUGACGGGAAAAUUGGCCCGGAUCAUGUCAUGGAAGCAGCCAUCUCUGACCCCAGAUAUCAAAAUAUAGUGGUUGUGGACUGAACCUCUGAUCAUCAUCAUCAUGAUGGUUUGAUUCAUAGACCAUAUAGAAGUUCAAAAUUCAAUUCUUUUGGUGGAGACUUUGGAGAGUUGGAAUCAAAUUCACGGCAAAUGGUGUUUAAUUUUUAAUUUAAGUUGAAAAUUGAAGAGACAAGGAAAAGCAAAACCACCAGUUGACAAAAGGAUGCAAGUAGAGAAGAACAGUAAAUUCCAUUAC